AUGGCCCUCAUGCAAUUACCAACGGAGUUGUUACAACAAAUCAUCCCACACACCCUGCCAGAGGGAUUUGAGGGCCUAGUAUUAACAUGCAAAUAUCUCUACGAACUGUGCACCCCCUUUCUCGAGCACUACAACAACCUACGCUUUCAUUUCCAGAAGUUCGAAUACAGCAAAACAAACAAGGACUUUAGAGAGUUUAGAUAUCAUCACGACUUGCUCCGGUUUCCUGAUACAGCGACCUCGGCGUAUAGUCUGAUUUCGCGAAUUGCUAUCGAAGCAGCCGUGGGACAUUAUAUUCUUGAGGCCGACGUUUCGCUCGAUAGUCAUAUCUAUAGCCGACUUCCCCCAACCAUCCGACAGAAUGCCGGGUCCGAAGCAUGGAGAGAUCGUAAUGAAUCUGUGCGUCAACUAUUCGCGGAAUCAUUGUAUUUGAGGGAAGCAGGACUCGACUGGAAGGAAUUCUAUAGCGCUAUGAUGGAGGAUGUCAACAGCUGGCGCCAAUCAGAGCAUGCUGCUGCCUUUGCUCUGACCCUUCUACCGAAUCUGCAGGUACUCACGGCAGCAUUUUCUGGAUUCCGGUCUUCUGCACCCAAAAAGCUCAUCACUGCCGUUCUCCAAACUGCCAGGCAAAAUCCGCAUGGCAAUGUCAGCCUUGCCCAGGUCACGGCAUAUAGUGGGAGCUGUGAUAUACCCUGGGUUCCUUCGCUCCUAGCUCUACCGCGCAUCAAAAGGUUUUGGGGCCACGGAUACAUCGGCAAAGCCGAGGACGACAACUGCAUUGAGUCCAGAUACCUGGGCACUGGCUUGGAUUCGAGACUAGAGGUGGCAGGAUUUGACGAUAUGUCCGUUGAUGCCGUAGCUAUUGCAGGUUUUCUCAAGCACACUCCGCGUCUCAAAUCAUUGACGUACUGGCAUUCAACUAAAGCCAACGGGGGACACCAAGACUGGGAUCUCUGCAAAUUCAUCGCGGCAGUGCAGUAUGAGGUCGGGAACCAUCUCGAGCACCUCUGUGCAAUCACUUUAGAACUACGCUGCUUGAUAACCCCAGGGAAGCCAUACCUACGCGGCUUUCAGCGCCUCGAAAGUCUCGAGUUGCCGCUUGAUAUCGUUCUUUGCAAUCUCGAAGCGGCACAUCCAGCAGAUCAUAGGUCGUUGGACUCCAAUUCCUUACUUGGUAACAUAAUACCCGCGUCCGUCUCUGUUCUUUCCUUGUUAUCGCCCGGAAAAAGCCCCCACGAUAAGGCUCUUGAGCUCCUCUUCCGUGACUUUGCCAAUCAGAAACAGUUCCAGACCCCAAACUUGAAGGAAAUCUCGUUGACGUGUCCUAAUGAUGCUGAUGAUUUAUACAAAGUACAGUGUGCGAACCUGGCAGCGGAGGCUAAAAGGGCGGGUACGGAUUUGACGAUAUCAGAAGACCUAUGUCUAAUUUCGACAGUCGGCUUAGGCGAGGAGAAACGCUCUCCGUUUUACUCAUAA